CGUGCGUGCGCGGCGCGCGGUGACGGAGCGGGUCGGCCGCGGCUCUUUGUUGGCGCUGAGGCGGCCGAGGCGCGGCGGGGCCGGGAGCCGAGGGUGGGGGGCGGGCGGGAGCCUCCAGUUCACCGCCUCGCCAUGGACUCGGACGAGGGCUACAACUACGAGUUCGACGAGGACGAGGAGUGCAGCGAGGACAGCGGCGCGGAGGAGGACGACGAGGACGACGAAGAGGACGAGCCCGACGAUAACCUGGACCUGGGCGAGGUGGAGCUGGUGGAGCCCGGCCUGCGCGUCGGCGGCGAACGGGACGGGCUGCUGGGCGGAGAGACGGGCGGGCUGGGCCCGGGCGGCGGCGGAGGGCUGGGCGGCGGGCCGGGCCCCGGCGGCGGCGGCGGCCCCGAGCAGGAGGAGGACUACCGCUACGAGGUGCUGACGGCCGAGCAGAUCCUGCAGCACAUGGUGGAGUGCAUCCGCGAGGUCAACGAAGUCAUCCAGAAUCCAGCGACUAUCACUCGAAUACUGCUUAGCCAUUUCAACUGGGAUAAAGAGAAGCUGAUGGAGAGGUACUUUGAUGGCAACUUGGAGAAGCUCUUUGCAGAGUGUCAUGUAAUUAAUCCAAGUAAAAAGUCUCGAACGCGCCAGAUGAACACAAGGUCAUCAGCUCAGGAUAUGCCUUGUCAGAUCUGUUAUCUGAACUACCCAAACUCAUACUUUACUGGCCUCGAGUGUGGACACAAGUUCUGUAUGCAGUGCUGGAGUGAAUAUUUAACUACCAAAAUAAUGGAGGAAGGCAUGGGACAGACCAUUUCAUGCCCUGCUCAUGGCUGUGAUAUCUUAGUUGAUGACAAUACAGUUAUGCGUCUGAUCACAGAUUCCAAGGUGAAAUUAAAGUACCAGCAUUUAAUAACCAAUAGUUUUGUAGAGUGUAAUCGACUGUUAAAAUGGUGUCCUGCCCCAGACUGCCACCAUGUUGUUAAAGUCCAGUAUCCUGAUGCUAAACCUGUUCGCUGCAAAUGUGGACGUCAGUUUUGCUUUAACUGCGGUGAAAACUGGCAUGAUCCUGUUAAAUGCAAGUGGUUGAAGAAAUGGAUUAAGAAGUGUGAUGAUGACAGUGAAACUUCUAAUUGGAUUGCAGCAAACACAAAGGAAUGCCCAAAAUGCCACGUCACCAUUGAGAAGGAUGGGGGCUGCAACCACAUGGUCUGUCGGAACCAGAACUGCAAAGCUGAGUUCUGCUGGGUGUGCCUGGGCCCCUGGGAGCCUCAUGGGUCUGCCUGGUACAACUGCAAUCGUUACAAUGAGGAUGAUGCAAAGGCAGCAAGGGAUGCGCAGGAGAGAUCCAGAGCAGCCCUGCAGAGGUACCUGUUCUACUGCAACCGCUAUAUGAACCACAUGCAGAGCCUGCGCUUUGAGCACAAGCUCUAUGCUCAGGUGAAGCAGAAGAUGGAGGAAAUGCAGCAGCACAACAUGUCGUGGAUUGAGGUGCAGUUCCUGAAGAAAGCAGUCGACGUCCUCUGCCAGUGUCGUGCCACACUCAUGUACACUUACGUCUUUGCCUUCUACCUCAAAAAGAAUAAUCAGUCCAUUAUCUUUGAGAAUAACCAAGCAGACUUAGAGAAUGCUACAGAGGUGCUUUCUGGGUACCUUGAGCGAGAUAUCUCCCAGGAUUCACUGCAAGACAUAAAGCAGAAAGUACAGGAUAAGUACAGAUACUGCGAGAGUCGACGAAGGGUUUUGUUGCAGCACGUGCAUGAAGGCUACGAGAAGGACCUGUGGGAGUACAUUGAGGACUGAGCCUGGCCCCGCAUAAAACGAACUCUGAACCUUUUACCAUCUAGAGCGCCCGUGCGAUAACAAUAAAAACACACACAAGGCACUACGCCUGUUACACCGCUGGUCUGUAGAACCGGGAUUCUGUUUUGUUAACAGAAAAUUUAAGUAAAUUAUAUUGUAAUAAAAAA